CCUCAGCCCGCCUCAGCGCGACGGGGAAUGGCGGCGGAGAACGAGGCGGAGCUGAGCCUUCUGGAGUGCCGGGUGUGCUUCGAGCGGUACGGGCCCGGCGGGCAACGGCGGCCUCGGAACCUGCCCUGCGGUCACGUCCUCUGCCAGGCUUGCGUUGGGGCCCUGAGCGGUUCGGGGAGCCGGGGGCUGGAGUGUCCUUUCUGCCGGCGGGCCUGCCGCGCCGCCGAGACCAGCGACUGCCUGCCGCUGCUGCAGCUGCUGGAGGUGCUGGGCCCAGCCGGCGGCGGCGGCGGCGGCGUCCCCUCGGCCUUGGGGAGGAGCGGAGGGGCCGAGGGGCCGCUCCCCGCGGGCCUGGGGCUCCGGCUGGCCCUGGGGGGCUGGGGGUCGUUGGUGAACCCCACCGGGGUGGCGGCCUGCCGGAGGUCGGGGCGUCUGGCGGUGGCACACGACGGCAAGAAGAGGAUCCACGUCUUCGGGCCGAGCGGGGGAUGCCUGUGGCGGUUCGGGGAGCGGGGGGACGCCGGCAACGACAUCAAGUACCCGCUCGAUGUGACGGUCACGUCGGACGGGCACGUGGUGGUCACCGAUGGCGGGGACCGCUCCGUGAAGGCCUUUGAUUUUGAGGGAAGGGGGGUCCUGGCUGUCCGGGAAGGCUUCCGUUUGCCCUGGGGCUUGGAUGCCACCCCCGAGAGCGAAGUAAUCCUGACGGACUCGGAGGCGGGUGCUCUCUACCGCUUGACGGCCGACUUCAAGACGGGGAGGUUAAAGAAGUGUCGGGUGAUCCGGUCUCAGCUCGUCAGCCCAAGAGGGGUUGCCGUCUGCCAGACCUCGGGUGCUGUCGCGGUCAUAGAGCACCUGAAAGCUCAGGGACCGAACAGCGGCAGCACCCGAGUGAAGAUAUUCAGUGCAGAGAUGGAUCUCGUCGGCCAGGUGGAUAGCUUCGGUCUGAACCUCGUUUUCCCCUCCAGAAUAUAUGCUACGGCUGUGGCCUUUGACAAAGAGGGUCGCGUUAUAGUAACGGAUGUCUGUAGCCAGGCCGUGAUAUGCUUAGGGAAUCCCAAGGAGUUUCCCAUCUUUAACCCUCUAAUUAGCCACGGGCUUUCUUAUCCUGUAGGACUGACUUACACGGCAAACGAUUCCCUCGUCGUUUUAGACAGCGGCGAUCAUUCAGUAAAAAUAUAUAGCUCCACCUGAAUGGGUUUAGAUGCUUACUGCUAUAGGUUCAAGCUGCUUUUGGCCAUAAAGCACACAAAGUUCUGCUGUUAGUAGGCGUGUAGGGAGGAAGCAUUGUCUGGGCUGUACGUUAAGCGAAAUUGCCCUCUUUGAGCAACGUGCUGUGCUUCCUGGAAAGCUUACAUUGAAUCUUUUGCCUAAUCGCGGGGGAAGACCUGGCCGUUGCAGGCCGUAGUCAACAAUGAAUCAACCAAACAAAUAAUUUGGCAUUUUAAAACUGUUCUGUACCUUGACAGCCAAACGUUUUUGGUGCUUUUUGAGAAGUAAUAACAAGGACGCUUGGAAUGGAGUAAUCAAAGACUGGCAUCUGGGAGAGAAAGUGAUGCAUCGUUUGUUUACGUUUCCCAGAGCAUAGUUUUCAUUAUUCUUUGUUAAGCACAGAUUCACUCAUGAGAGUGACAGAGUUUCUGUUUCCAGGAUUUCCACACGAGAAGGGAGACUGGCUUGAUGAAAUGAUAGGAGAAAUGGAAGCUUCAGUUCAAGGUCACCUGAAUCCAGCUAAGAUCACUGCGAUGGAGGAGCUACCACUGAUGAGUCUAUCCUGCAAUUUCUUCAUCAGCCCUGUCCAGCCCCAGCCCCAGCAAUUGCUGUUUGAGUUGCCAGCUCAUCUGAUGCAGCAGGCCCUCUUGGUUUGGCUGCCUGUGUCCAAAAGUGCUUCCAUCUGAACGGAGGAUCUUCCAGGUGGAAUGUGUAGCCCCCAGAAAUAGGGGGGCUUUCUCCUGACCUUGCCUACUUGUUUUAACUUCAUGUGAAAGCUGCAGAGCCAGCACAAAGGCACAAACAUGGCUCUGGAAACAAAGCAGAGAUUACCAUCUGCAAUAGUAUAUUUACAGAUAUUUUUGAACUUGGCGCUCCAACCUCUCUCUGAGUCAAACACGAUAUAAAUGUCCUGGCCCUGCAGCUGCAGACGGGAGAGCUGGGAAUCAAGGGAAGCCUUUGGCAGACUGGAGACUAGAUCUCGGACUUCCCGCUACAAGGUUGGUGCCUUAAUAAAGCAGGGAGAGUCUGUGUUUAAUUAUCCUCUUGUCUGGGAGUUGCCUUCCUGAUUUUGGAAGAAGUUUUGACAUUUUACUGAUGAUCUUGUUGCUAAUUCCUUUGGUGUUUCCUACAAAUCAUGGAAAUUAAUACUUUUCUAAACCACAAUGUAUUCCUAGAUAAUUGCUUCCAGCGUGCUCCACAAAGGUGUGUGGUUUCAGAGUUUUGAAAUGCUCUGCAAGGAGGUGUACUGCUGCGAAGCCCCACUGCAGUGAUCAAGUUAUUUCAUGUUGAGGAUAGAAAGGAGGAGAAGAGAUUGACUCUGAAAAGUAGAAAAAAAUUAAUGGAAGGUGUCUGUGGCUUAAGCAGAGGGCGAACUCCACCAAGGCAGAGCACAGAGCACACCCAUCGUUGCAGUAAAGGGAAUGCAUUCUUAAGAGGUGAAGCAUUUCAGCCUGGGAAAUGGGCAAGACGGUAAGAGCUGUUGCCUCUUGAUUCGUAUUGACCUCUGGCAGGGGAAUAACCUACAUUUGAACAGAUUUCCCAGCCACAAUUAGGCACUUUUCAGACAGUAAUCCUUAGGAGAGCUAUCUCUUACUUUCAGGUCUGUAUUUGUAGCAAAAAUCAGUGGGAAAUGAAGAUUUGGAGCAAACUAAGCAUUUUAGGGAAGCAUGCUCCCUAUAAUUGAAUAAAUACAUAUAUAGCAUUUUUCUAAAGAUCCCUCUUAAUGCAGGCAAUUUUCAUUCUUUGUUCACAGGUGAGCACUAUAUCGGCAGUGAGUUGAGGUGAGAACAAAUCCUGCUUUCAUGGAAUAUAUUGUUUUUUAAAUCAGAAAAAUAUUGCUAGUCAGAAGAGUCUGUAAACAAUUUUAAAUACUCUAGUUAUAUGCUUCGUAAUGAAUAAAGGGUAGGCAAUUUUAAGCAGGAUAUAGGAUUAGAGAGAUAAAAUUGUAGCUGGGAAAAUGAAAUAAUUUAUUUGGAGAAAACUGUGAAGAUGCAAAAAAAAAAAAAAAAGAAAAAAGAUGGCCUUUACCAAAGCUUGCUUUUAAAACUUCUAAUACAAAGAUGAUGAUCUUGAAAGAACCAUCACACUUACGUAAUCACAGGAAGUAACUUAUUUACUAUUUUUUGUUCCAAAUAUAAAUAGAUAAAAGAUAAAACCCAUAUGAAAAUAUUAAUGCUCACCUAGCAUGAUUUCCUGAAUAAUAUGGACUAUGGUAUUUAACCAGUAUUAACCAGUACUUGGUAACUACUGACCUGUACUGAAAGUAAGAAACGAAGAACAAUUGUGUCUUUUACUAUCACAGACUAAGAAGCUAAUGUGAAAAGAAAUAUAAUGUCAUUAAAGAUAUACUUUGUAAGAAAUCUAUCAAAAAGAGUCAGACAGAUUAAGUAUUAAAAAUUUAUAAUCAUCUUCAUAUGAAAAGGAUGUCCCUGGCUCCCUUAUUUGUCAUUGUCCUCAAUUAAGUAGGAAUUAGGGCUCUUCAGUGAGUUCUGCACCAUUACAGCAUGACAUUAUGGAGCCAGAAGUAUUUCAAAUACGUAUAUUAGUCUUCUUCUAUUCUUAUUAUUCCUUAAAGUGACUUGUUUGAGUUGAGGCUUGCUCUGUCAUAAAUAGUUUAUCUGUGCAGUCAUGAGUACUGCAAAUGGAAUUGUCCACAUAAAUAAAUGCUGCAGGACUGGGCUUGAAGUCAGGUAGAUUCAGGCUAGUGCAGAAGUUUGCCCUGGAGAAGUCUUUGCAGCAGACUUUAUUAUGACAGUUUCUGGGAAUGCUGCUUUGUUUUUUUAAUGUCCUGAAAGCCCUACCCAUGUUUAGAAUAUAUUGUAACUAAUUAUGACUUUCUUUCAACGUCAGAAAUCUUUUGUGAAAAACAUUUAUUAUUUUCUUUUCUUAUUUAUUUCUUCGUAACAUACCGAACCCUUGCCUGGUUCCUAACAGUCCAUCAGACUAAGUGGAUCGGUACCACACCUCCCUUUUGGGAUGUGCAGUUGCUUAGUAAGCAGCGAUCUGGGGCAAGACUCACUCUGGACUGGCAUCAGUGGAGACCUUAUACCUGAACUGCUCUUGCAGAUCCUGAAGAGGAGGUUAUUGGUCUUAGCCAGCAAUUUAGGAAAGUUAUGACGUUUUCAUUGUGGUAGAGACUCACUGUAGGUUCUAGGUCCCAAGAAGACUAUGCAAAAGGAUUUCUAAGCUUGCAGGGUAGUUAGCCACUUUUUGUUUCAUUUCAGAUGGAGGAAUGCUGGCUUUUAAAGACCAGGUGAAAAGUGCAUUGAUUUUUCCCUAGUAUGGCAAAGUGAAACUGAAGUUGCCCCAGGCCCAGGAUUAGAGCUGCGGGCCUAUUUAUCAUUUAUUUUGUGAUGUUCAUAAAGCUGUUCAGUAUUUGGAUGGUGUUAUCAUUAAAAUGCAGCUGAUAUUAUUCUUCUCAUAUUUCCACAGUGUCAGUGUUACUGAGAUAAAAACCAAAACUACCCACUUAGAAAAAGUGUACCUUGAAGGCAGAAGAAAUCUUCUCUUUCUUGUAUCUCUUUCACUGGAGAAAUAAAAGCCAUGCAACUGAAUUAUUUUCAAACAUCUGUAUCGAGCAAUGGACUUUCACCCUCUCACUUGUGUUGAACUUGAAUCUCAAGUCUUUUUUCUUGACGAUAAGCCUAAAUUUUUGAUUUCUGAGAUUCAACCAUGUUGUUCCAAUUUGUGCCUUUUGCACAGCCCUCACCCAUUCAUCCCAGUUGGUUGGUUAGUCCCUUGAAGUGUCUUCCAGAGCUAUAUUUCUCAGUAGCCAUUGUUUAGUCACACUGUGUGGUGUGUGUGUGUGUUCACCCCGCUUUUUUUUCAGAAGAAGGAUUAAUUCCCCCAGAGGUUCUGUCCAUGUUUUGGUGUUGCCGUGUUUCUUUUCUAAAACAGCCUUUCAUCUUUACUGUCAGAUUAAAGGGAGGAAGCCUCAGAUCACAAUAUGAAUGGUGGGAAAGGACUUAAGUCAUGCAGGGAAUGCGCUGGGAGACAGGCGUGCAAGCUUUAUUACAGGAGAGAAAAGGGUGAAGGACUGUACAAUUUGAACUGUGUGUGGACUAACAGUUCUAGGAAACCUUCUACUCCAGCUCCCCCUGUGCAGCUCUGUUUGUAAUAGUGACUGUGGGAAAAACUAAAUCAGAAGUCACUAACUUGCAAGUCACUGGCUUUUUUUGUGGUUCUCUGCAAUAGCAGCAGACUGGUCCCAGUGAUCCAAAGGUCCUCCUGUACUGGAUUUUGUGGAUGACUCCUAUAACUGGUCUGAGUUUCCCUGUCAAAUGCUGGUGUAGACAAACUACAAGAAGCUUGGAAGCCUGCACCGGUCAUCUGUUCCUCUAAUUUUUUCACUUGUAAAGAGCAAGCCUUUUUGCCAUGAAUCAAAGAGGGUGAAACUUGAGGUGACAUGACAACAAAGGAUGCCCAGUGGUUGCACUAUUUUACAGUCUUCAAUCUGAAAAUGAGAGUAUGAUCUGUUGCUGAUAAUUUUGUUGUUGUUGAUUAUGAGAUGAUUAUAUUUGGUAUGUUUUCUUCAGGCUGGGAAGAACUGGGAGGGGGAGUUAUUGGGUGUUUUGUUUUCUAAAUAAAAGAUCACGAGUCUUGUUAUGCACCUUAA